UUUAGAAUAAAAGAGAGUGAUAAAAUCCUUGUUUCCAAUUAGAUAUGGCCUCUUCAUCUAGUUUUUUCCAGCCACAGCUACCAAGGCUGACAAAGGAGAAUUAUGAGAACUGGAGCAUACAAAUGAAGGUGCUCUUAGCAUCCCAAGACCUAUGGGAUAUGGUGGAGAAAGGUUAUACAGAACCUACGUCUAAAGCCGAUGAAGAUGUAUUAAGUGCAGCUGAAAAGGCAACACUCAAGGAAGCAAGAAAGAAAGAUCAAAAGGCCCUGUAUCUAAUAUAUCAGACAGUAGAUGAAGGAAAUUUUGAGAAGAUUGCUUCUAUUACAAACGCAAGAGAAGCAUGGGAUGCACUUCGAAAUUCAUUUCGAGGUAUCGAAAAGACAAUGAGAAUUCGCCUACAAAUGCUGAAAAGCAAAUUUGAAACAUUGGAGAUGCUUGAUAGCGAGUCAAUCUCGGAGUAUUUUACUCGAGUCCUCACUAUAGUGAACAAUAUCAAGUGCAAUGGAGAAAAGAUCCAAGAUUUACAGGUAAUAGAAAAAAUCCUUCGUUCUCUAAAUUCGAAGUUUGAUAAUGUAGUCAUAGCAAUUGAGGAAUCCAAAAACCUCAGUACUAUGACUAUUGAUGAACUAUUGGCUUCUCUAGAGAUCCAUGAACAACGGAUUAAUAAAAAAACAUCAUCAAAAUCUCUUGAUCAAGCUUGCAAUCAAAGCUUUCUCUUCAAGAAAAUAAAGGAGAUGAAAGAAAUUCACGAGCAAGUCGAGGAAGGAGCCAAUUUCAAAGAGGACGAGCUUUCAAUAAUAGAGGAAGAGGAGGAAGAUUUAACAUCAACAGUGGACAUGAAAUUCAACAACAAUUUUAUCAAAGAGGAAGAGGACAAUAUAGAGGUCGAGGUAGAGGACAAAAUAGAGGACAAGAAAGAUGCAGAAAUGGUAUUAAUCAUCAAAUUGGUGACAAAAGGAAUGUGCAGUGUAAUAACUGUCAUAAGUAUGGACAUUACAGCAAUGAAUGUCAUGCAAAAAUUGCUGAAGUUGAAGUCGGCGAAAAUACCAACUUUGGUGAUACAAGUGAGCCAAAAUCACUAA